GUUGACCAAGUAGAAGCAUCAUGGACUCGUGGGAUGACGAUGAAUUCGAAGUGCCUGCGUUGAACAAAUCUGCACCCGUUGCAGCCAACUGGGACGACGAAGAAGAGGAGGAGGAAGCACCCAAGCCCGUCGUGGCCAAGUCCAACGCGGCGGCCCCGACCGGUCCUUUGAAGCCCAAGCAGCUCAAGAAGCAAAUCCUCAAGGAACAGGAAGAGAAGCACAGGUUGGAAGUGGCGAUCGCGCGUGCCCGUGCCGAAGACGAGCGCAACAUGACCGCGGACGAGCUCAAGGCCAAGCAACUGCGUGCGAUCGAACACUCCGACUUUGAAAACACGCUGGAUGCAUUCGGCUUGUCGGCGAACCCGAACAUCGAGCGCAAGAAGGUGUCGGGCCCGAACGAGAUUGAGACGUUGGUCACGGGAAUGAAACUCGCGAGCUUGGCCGACCACGAAGAGCUCGGCAGUUUGGUGGGCAAGCGCCUGGCCAACUCGAACGCCAAGCACGUGGUGGAGUUCAUGAAGACGUUAAUAUCGCAUGCAAGCAACAACUUGACGGCAGACGACAUGAAGGACAUCACGACGAUCAUCAACGUGAUCAAGAACGACAAGAUCGCGGCCGCCAAGCCCAAGAGCAAGAAGAAGAAGAUCACGGGCAAGCAAGGCUACGCCAAGGUCGAGCGCGGUGGCGCCGCUGGCGUCGAGAACUUUGAAGAUGACGGCGACGACUUUGAUGACUUUAUGUAGAUCGAUCCUAAAAUAGACAUGACAUGUUGUCAGGCAUCGUGGAAUCGUC